GCUAGAUUGGCUGGGGUAAAACUUGUGGGCCAUAUCGUCUCACUCCAAAUGGUUCAGAAUUGCGAUUCUCUUAAAUUUCAUAUUACUUGAAAUUAUGAGUUCCGUAGGUUGGGAGAAUUUACAAACACUGUGUCCGGCUUGUUGGACUGUUUAUUUUGAAUAUUGAAAGGUUUAAUUAUCAAUGCAAUAUUUUCUUAUCUUAUCAGCAAGAAUGAAGCUGUUUUAUUUUACUCACUGGGAAAAGUGUUAUGUAAAUUCUCAUCACUCAAUGACAGCUAGAACCAAUGAUCUUGUUAGAAGAAAUUCCAAUUUGAACCGAUUUUGGAGAGAAAUUGUUAAAACCCGCAGUAGACCCAUCUUCAAACAGUGAAUGUUGAUCUGUUACACUCACGAUUUUCUCCAUAUGUUCGUGCUGUGUGUGUAUAAAAAAAUCUCAAAUUAGAAAAAGACUAACACUGAAUGUGUGUUUCACCCACCUUGACCCACCCCACCCCCCCGAAAAAUGACAAUAAAACGUGGUGUUUCCGAUUCACUCAUGAAUUUUCACGUGAAUGGAGUAAUGUCGACUUUUAUUCUGGGUAGCAGCUAGCUCGGGUUUGUAGACUCACCUAGCAAAAGUCUUCUUAUUUCUGAUAUUAUAUUUAAUAUGAUUUUUUUCUUCGCUAGCCAAGUGCCUUAACAGGAAUUUUUAAUUAAAAGUAAUUAAUACAGAUGAUGUAAUGCCUAACACCACAUGUUAGAAUCUCCCUUUCUAUCACUGAUUAUAAUUCCUGAUAAAAGCAACUUUGCCGAAACGUAAAAUUAGAUAAUUUUUUUUUAAAAGAAGGUCUUAUUUUCAGUUGAGUCUGGGCUGUUUUUCUUUUUUGGUCAUUUUUUUUUUCAGGCUAGACGUUCUUAUAAAAAAAGAGUGUAUACCUAGUGGUAGAUUUUUUUAAAUUUCUGUAUAUUCACUAGAAAUUCUUGCAGAGUUUGCUGUCUCGGACGAAUCUUAUGAGCUUUUAACGAAUAGAAUCCAAGAUGGCUAUGUUCACGAUGAUUUUUCUCAUUUUAUUAAAGGUCGCUCUAUUUUGCGUAAAUUCUAUUUUGUUUUUUAUUCUCAAUGAGUUCGAUCUAAAACUUGACUACAAUUAAGUAUUUUUAAAUUGAAAGAACUUUAUGAAAAUACCCUUUUCUAAAUUAAAACAGUUACCUUUAUCGGCAAUUAUAUCAAACAUGUGAAGUUUUUCAUUACUUUAAAAUAUCACCGACGAUAAGAACUGAUUUUAUUGCCAUAUGGUGCUUGUUUUACUAUCAGCGGUUAAACAAAUUGAUUCAGAUCUGGGUAAUAACUUUUACCGUUAUAUCCCAUCUGGAUAUUAAAAGUCCCCUUCAGCGUUUCCUUGCACUUACCAAGACCACUGAUGUCAACCAUCACAAGUGACGAAGCUAGCUUUUCCUUUUACUCCAUUAUUUCUUUGUAUUUGGUGGACUAUGGAUGGCAACGUCUCUUCAACCAUGACUUCUCAUCUAAUCAUGGCCGGGACCUUCUCUUUUUGUUUUAUGGGAGUUGCACUUAUUUUUCUCAACGCCUUAACCAUUUUGACCUUCCUUGUCCACAGAAAUUUGCGAAAACGGAGUGUUUUUCUCCCUUUAAGCCUUUGCUUCGCGGAUAUGCUUGUCGGUGUCACGUCGUUAAAGCACGGUUCUGGGUUAACACACUUCAAAAACCUUACCAGCUUACUGAAACAUUUCAAGUCGCCAAAUUCGAUGACAACGUUCGACAAUUUUACUGCGACGGCAUCUCUCGCCGGCCUAACAAUAAUUGCCAUUGAACGGAUGCAUGCAACGGUGUGGCCGGUUCGACAUCGCAAUCUAAAUAACCAUCCAUACUUUUUUGCCAUUACGCUACAAUGGGCGUUUGCAGUGGCAUUAACCAUCAUUUACACCGAAUCUAUCUGGGUCUACUUUUUAAUUGCUAUGGCUGCUUUUGCGGUAGGCAUUCUUGUUAUUUCUUUUUCGUAUAUUUUAAUCUUCGUCACUGUAAAGCAUCAAAACGCACAGUUCCAAGGUCACUCGACGUUGGCCCAGCAGCGCGAAAGAGAACUUGCAAAGACGUUGUUUAUCGUCACUGUUCUGUCCCUUACCACCUGGGCACCCGAUAUGCUGUGGUUUUUCUUUCAAAGAACAGCCGAGAAGACGGAGAGUUUGCUUUUCGUAGCAGCGCUUAGUUUAGUGUUCAAUUUAGUGCGCUACUUCAACUCUCUCAUCAAUCCUUGUAUUUACAUGCUAAGGAUGAAGGCGUUUAGACGAGCGUUCGUCAAAUUGCUGUGCAGACGCAAUAAUAACAUUCUCCCAUCUGAAUCCAGAGGGCCCUGGAGGACUACUCCCCCAGGUAAUAGUCACAGGUUUUGUUGAGAACAUGAAUAAUGGGUGUGGCAAUAUAGAUUUUGGCCCCUAAGAUAUGAACAAAUGGGUGUGGCAAUAUAGAUUUUGGACCCUAAGAUAUAAACAAAUGGGUGUGGUAAUAUAGAUUUUGACCCCUAAGAUAUAAACAAAUGGGUGUGACUAUAUAGAUUUUGACCCCUAAGAUAUGAACAAAUGGGUGUGGCAAUAUAGAUGUUGACCCCUAAGAUAUGAACAAAUGGGUGUGGCAAGAUAGAUUUUGACCCCUGAAAGAUAUGAACAAAUGGGUGUGGCUAUAUAGAUGUUGGCCCCUAAGAUAUGAACAAAUGGGUGUGGUAAUAUAGAUUUUGACCCCUAAGAUAUGAACAAAUGGGUGUGGCAAUAUAAAUGUUGGCCCCUAAGAUAUGAACAAAUGGGUGUGGCAAUAUAGAUGUUGGCCCCUAAGAUAUGAACAAAUGGGUGUGGCAAUAUAGAUGUUGGCCCCUAAGAUAUGAACAAAUGGGUGUGGCCAACAUAGCCUCAUUCCCUGGCUUCUAUUGGCUGAGCGGCUUGUCGGCUAAUGACGUCACUUUUGAUUUCACGCUCGCCUUGGAGCAUGGCAAAUCGAUGUGUCUAUGGCCUUGUUUGGAGCGAUGUUGCGAUGUCUAUGGCAUAGAGAAACCGGGAGAACACGUUAUCCGAGCGUUUCAGCAUAAAAUCAGUCAAGUACAGCACGAAUCCACACAUAUUUCACUACUACUGAGAUUAUUUACUUAUCUGAGCCUGGUUUUGGUAGAUUCUCGAAGUGAAAGAGUAAAUUUAACGUGAUAUUUUCAAGAACCGUAGACCACGUAAUCGGGCGGCCAAUCAGAAACCUUCAAACGACGUAAGGAUAGCAUAGAUAAACUGUAAAAUUUAGAUAAAAUGAAUUUUAGGAACCACCCUAAAAUUGACAUAUUUUUUAUUAAAGAUUUCUUCAUUACA